CUUCUUCAUCUUCCUGUUUCUUGUCUCAGACAUGGAGUAUAUUCAAGCUGCACCUAAGAUGCUACUACUUGCUGCUCAUGUUGGCGAACUCGAUCGAUUCAAAACAAUUGCAGCAGUGAUAGAUCAAUUUGUUAAAGAUGGAAUUCCAGGAAUAGUUAACAAUACUAAGGAUCCUGAUGGUGGUACACGUGCUAUUCAUCAUGCUGCUUUGCUUCUGGAGGGAGAGUGAACGUUCUUAAGUACUUGAUUGAAGAUAUGGAAGCUGAAAUUGAUGUCAAAGAUGGAUCAGGUAAAACUCCCCUAUUCCAUGCAGCUAUGGAAAGGCGUUUGGACGCUGUAGAAUAUCUUCUUGCAAUGGGUGCCAAUCCUGAAGUACUGGAUGAUUCAAAUAGAAGUCCUUUGCAUUAUGUCGCUGGGAGAGGACAUACAGAUGUCAUACCCUUGUUACUUUCAAAAGGUAUUAAUGUGGAUGUUAUAGCUGAUAUGGGCUCACCGCUACAAUAUGCUGCCACUGCCAGCAAACCUGAUACAGUUAAAGUUCUUCUUGACCAUGGUGCCAAUCCUAAUUUGGUAUUCCAUGAUACAUUUACUCCACUUCAGGCAUCCAUCGGUUCUCAAUCUUGGCAAUGCGCGGAGAAAUUACUGAAGGCAGGUGCUGAUCCAAAUCUUGGAGGAGAUGGAGUGAAGGCUCUGAUAGUUGCAGCUGAAGUGGGCGCAAUAGAAAUCAUCAAGGAUGAAGCUGGUGCAGCUCCAAAUGUUACAAAAACAGUAAGGGGGACGACACAAAUCAUCAAGCUACUGGUUGAAGCUGGUGCAGAUCCAAAUGUUACAAAUAUACACGGACUAAAGCCAAUAGAAAUUGUAGCUACUAUUGGCAAUCAUCGAGGUGUUGAGAUUCUUUUUCCUGUUACUUCUCCUGUUCCAUCGUAUGUUGACUGGAGCGUUAAUGGAAUAAUGAAGCAUGCAAAUUCUAAGGAGUUUGAAAAUAAGAUGAUUCGUCAAAUCAAGGAGAGUUUUCUUGUGGCUAAAUCAAGGGGAACAAGUGCAUUCCAGAGGAAGGAUUAUUGGCUGGCAUUAUAUUGGUACACAGAGGCCCUCGACAUGAAGGCUCGCGAUGCAGCUGUGCUGUCCAACAGGAGUUUGUGCUAUGUGUAUUUAAAAAAUGGAGAUCUCGCUUUUGAAGAUGCUACUCAAUGCAUAUUGGAAAGGCCAGACUGGCCUAAGGCGCAUUACAGAGCAGGCGUAGCACUGAAAAUGCUGAAAAGGCUUGACGAGGCAGCAAGUACUUUUUCCAGUGGUCUGAAACUGGAUCCUAAAAAUAAAGAGCUUGAAGAUGCAUUAAGUUCUGCACCAGGAAUGGCAUUGAAAGCUAAUAGCAAUUUUCAGCAUUUAGAUUUGGAAUGUGCACUGAAACUCAGAAGUUAUGAAGAAUGAUAAAGAACUGUAAUAAUGUUGAUU